AUGUGCAGUGCAUUAAUUGUAGCCUUUUCAGAGUAUGGGCUUUUGGGCUUGCUGCCCCAACUUGGCAUCAAAUUUCUCGAUAAACUUGAGCAAAACGUUGAUUAUCAAUCGACAUUCCGGAUGCUAGAGCUUAUUUGGACAGCCGUUAGAGUUGUACUUUAUAUUUAUGCGCAAGAAAAUAAUAUUUCUAUUGAAGAAAUUUCUACAAAAGACAAUAAUUUAUUAAAAGUUUGGUAUAACUUUUACCAAUUGGCAGGAUACUUAAAAUUGCACAAGCUUGGAAUUCGCAUGGCAAAUUUCGAUUUGCAAGCAGCUUCAAUAGAACCCACAACUUCUUCAAGACCUUCGGACAGUGUCUUCAAUAAAUCUAACUCAGGAAGGAAAUAA